AUGAUUUAUUAUCAGUUGUGCGAUACUUGUAAUAAACCACUGGUUAAUGAAAAAAAUUCACGAACAUUCCGCCUACGUACAGGUUUAUAUAUUGCAACUGGUGUUACUGUCGGUGGUGUAAUUGGUUCUACAGUAUUGCCGUUCUUUGGUUUUGGAUCUGCUGGAGUAACGGCUGGCUCAGUCGCGGCAGGAUGGCAAACACCAACCAUAGCCGCUGGUUCAUUAUUUGCAAAGUUGCAAUCAUUGGGAGCAACUGGUGCAGGAGAUUUGCUUUUCGGGGUUUCCGGUGGUGUUAUUAAUGGUCUUGGCGCACUACGCUACUUUACUGCAAUUGAUUGGUGCUCUUGUCCUAAAGAUAACAAUUAA